CCUGAGCUCACCUUCAACAUCCGAGAAAUCACAGGCACAACUUGCACCCUCGCAACCAUGACGACCCGGCCACCACCAGCCCCAACAACCGCAGAUGACGGGUCGUACUACGAUCUCGGCACCUACCACCGAGAGGUGAGCACCAGCAGCAGCGAGGCACAGGCGUGGUUUGACCGGGGCCUGAUAUGGUCCUACGCCUUCAACCAUGAGGAGUCGGCUGCUUGCUUCCAGCAGGCCAUCGACCUCGACCCGGACUGCCCCAUGGCCUACUGGGGGCUGGCCUACUCACUGGGUCCAAACUACAACAAGCCAUGGGAGUUCUUUGGAGGGGGCGAGAUGGACACCACAGUGGCGAGAUCCUACAAGGCAGUCAAGCACGCCCUCGACAUCUCGGACCGGGGCCGGGCAACACCCGUCGAGGUGGCCCUCAUCAAGGCACUCAAGCAGCGAUACCCACAGGAGCAUGACAUCCCGCCAGACAGCAAGGACCCAGCCCACAGUGCCGUCUGGAACAAGGCCUACGCCGAAGCCAUGCGCGGCGUGUACGAGGCGCACCCCGGCGACCUGGACGUGGCAGCCUUGUUUGUCGACUCGCUCAUGAACCUCACGCCCUGGAAGCUGUGGGACAUCCGCACGGGCGAGCCAGCACCAGGCGCCCGCACGCUCGAGGCAAAGCAGGCCCUGGACACGGCACACGCACAGCCCGGCGGCGACAGCCACCCCGGCCUGCUACACCUCUGGAUCCACCUCAUGGAGAUGAGCAGCAGCCCCGAGGCGGCCCUGCCGCGCGCCAACAGGCUGCGCCUGCUCGUGCCCGACGCAGGGCACCUCAACCACAUGCCCUCGCACCUCGACGUGCUGUCGGGCCACUACAAGGACGCCGUCGACGCCAACUCGGCCGCCAUCCGCGCCGACGAGCGCUUCCUCGAGCGCGGAGGCCCCAUGAACUUCUACACCCUCUACCGCUCCCACAACUACCACUUCCGCAUCUACGCCGCCAUGUUCUCGGCCCAGUCGCGCAUCGCCCUCGACACCGUCGCCCAGCUCGAGGCCUCCCUGCCCGAGGCCCUGCUGCGCGUCGAGUCGCCCCCGAUGGCCAACUGGCUCGAGGCCUUUGUCGCCGUCCGCGUGCACGUCUACGUGCGCUUCGGCCGCUGGGACGACAUCCUCGCCCUCCCGCUGCCGGCGGACCCAAAGCUCUACAGCUUCACCACCGCCGUCUACCUGUACGGGCGGGGCGUCGCCCUCGCGGCGCUGGGCCGCGUGGCCGAGGCCGAGCGCGAGCGCGGGCGCUUCGAGGCGCAGCGCGCGACCGUGCCCCGGUCCCGCACCCUCUUCAACAACACCUGCGUCGACAUCCUGGGCAUCGCGAGCGCCAUGCUGGCCGGCGAGGUCGAGUACCGGCGGGGCGGCGUGGACGCGGCGUUCGGGCACCUGCGCGAGGCCAUCCGCCGCGACGACGGGCUCGAGUACGACGAGCCCUGGGGCUGGAUGCAGCCCACGCGCCACGCGCUGUCGGCGCUGCUGCUCGAGCAGGGCCGCGCCGCCGAGGCCGCCGCCGUCUACCGCGCGGACCUCGGCGAGGACGACACCCUGCCGCGGACGUUCCAGCACCCCAACAACGUCUGGUCGCUGCACGGGUACCACGAGAGCCUGCUGAGGCUCGGGAGGGUGGGCGAGGCGCGCGCGGUCGAGCCGAGGCUCAAGGCUGCGCUCGAGGUGGCUGACGUGCCGAUCCGGUCGUCUUGCUUCUGCCGGCUGAAGCUGUGAUUGUGCGGAUCCUGUAUUGUUUGGACGCUGCUGGGGCCGAUGCAUGUCUCCUGGCCCCGAGAGCGAAGGCAAGUCGCAAAUCCACAUUGGAGAACGACACUAUUUGGGAACCAAGAAUUCGUGUUCUGCCUUCUCAGCAAGGCACGGAUUGUGGGUGACAAGGUCAAGAGUCCGUUGGGUGGAUAUGCCAAAAUUAAAUAGAUACCUACAGAAAAGAGGGCAGGACCACACAGGCAGGGCGAGAAUCCAAGCAUCUAUAUUUACAGAGAACAUCUCAAUGCAUUCAACAACACCGGCACCGUCUACAGCUUCGAGUCCCUCUUCUUCUUCUGGUACACAGAGACCUCAAUCCCGCCCUUGACCCCGCCGUCCUUGAUCACCCUCCUCAGGAUCUUCCCACUGGGCGACUUGGGGAUCGCAUCCGCAAACACGAUGCCCCCGAUGAGCCACUUGUACCGCGCCGUCCUCUUCUCCACCAGCGCCUUGAGCUCACCCGCGAGCCUCUCGAGCCCGGCCCUGUCCCCGUUCCUGACCAGGUCCGCGUCCCGCGGCACCACGUACGCCCGCGGCCACUCGGUCGCCUGGGACGAGUCGUACACGCCGAUCACGCCGGCGUCGGCGACGCCCUCGCUGCUGCACAGCACCGCCUCGAGCUCGGCGGGAGCCACCUGGUACGCGCGCACCUUGAUCAGCUCCUUGAGCCGGUCCGUGAUGUGCACCGCGCCCCGGGCGUCCAGGAACCCGACGUCGCCCGUGCGGAACCACCCGUCCGGCGUGAGGGCCUCGGUUGUGAUGCUCAUGUCGGGCGCCGGGGCCCCCCUGCCCACGCCGCCGAUGGGCAGGUACGCGCUCAUCAGCGACGGCGAGCGGAUGAGGAUCUCGCCUGGCUCGCCGAGCCUGGCCGGGACGGUAGUACGACCAGAAGAAAAGUCCUGCCCGUCCGCGGCGAUGCACAGCUCCACGCCGUAGUGCGGCCUGCCGCUGUCGCCGGCGCCCUCGUGCAUGUCGGCCUCGCUGCUCCCGCGCUGCAGCGACGUGUUGCACGUCUCGCUCAGGCCGUAGCCCAUCUUGACGCGGAACCCGAGGCGCCGGUGCACCUCGAGGACGACCUCGUGGCCCAGCGGCGCGCCGCCCGUGACGCCCGCCAGCACCGUGGCGAACCCGCCCUCGCGGGCGUACUUGUCCACGACGGCGGCCUUGGCGAGCAUCACGGCCACGGGGGGCGCCAUGUGCAGGUACGUGACGCGCCGCCGCGCGACGCCCGCCAGCAUGGCCUCGAGGUUGAAGGAGCUCAUGACGUGGCACGAGGCCCCCACGGCCGGCGCCAGCAGGAAGAUGUUGCACAGCCCGAAGACGUGGUAGAAGGGCACGUAGCCCAGCCACCGCUGCUGCAGCCCCGGCCGGUGGAAGUCGGCGUCGUACCAGAUCGACGCCGUGGCGAAGACGAGCGCGCCGUGCGAGAUGAGCACGCCCUUGGAGCGCCCCGACGUCCCCGACGACCACAGGAUGACGGCCGUGCGGUUCGGCGCCGCCACCGCGGAGAGGUGGUAUGACUUUUGUGGUGUGGAUGGGGUCCGGAGCAGGGCUGACCAGUCCUGCUCCUGGCCGGCGGCCCCCGGCGAUGAUGACGGGGGCGUGGGCGGGGGCGGGCUGCCCGAGAGGUAAGAGUCGCCGGCCACGUCGACGGUGAACACGGGGACCGCGGCGAAGAAGGCGGCGUCCUCCUGCGCGCGGAGGGCCUCGCGCAUGGCGCCCAGCGACGCCGUGGCCGUAACGAUAGCGCGGGGCCGCGCGUUCUGCAGGAUCCAGGCCAGCUCGGUGGCGGUGAGGGCCGGGGAGGCGAGGGACGCGGUCAGCCCCGACGCGAAGGUGCCGAACAGGACGGACGCGAAGGCCAGGCAGUUGGGCAGCUGGAUCAGCACCACGGGGGCCAGCUCCGGGCGGGCGCACGACGCCGUCGCCGGGAGGGCCUGGGUGUCGUCCGGGUCCAGGCCCAGCGAGCGCAGGUUCGCCGAGACCGUGAGGGCGUCCUGCCGCGCCCUGCCGUAGGUGAGUGUGCGCUCUGGGGAGGGCGGUGUGAUGUUAGCUUGAUGAUCUCGAUGUGAUGGUUCAUCGUGCUUCUUUCUCACCAUUGUUGUUGUCCACAAAGAUGGGCCGCGAGUCCUCUAUGUGGGGCAGUCUUUGGGAUGGGGGCACGAAGCUGGACUGUUCUGAAAAUGAGUUGCCAAACACAAAGUCGAAGAUGUUUGAGCGUGGGUAGUUGUCCCCGGGGGCACUGCCGCUCAGUGCCACCGUGUCGCUGGACUGAGACAUGACGGCUCGUCUAUGCUGUCAACUGGUGUCUUGGAGGCGUCGUGGCGAUCUUGUAUCAGCUAACAAGUGAGUUAUUCUCAAGUGGGUGAGGUUCGCCUCCUUCGUCAGUUGGUACCAGCCGGUGAGUGAGUGAUGGGUGGUGGACAAAGUGAGAUCUUGUUGACGAGGUCGUCUCAAGAAUGUCAAGAAUGAGCAGAAGUAAGUACUAGCUCUACGGAGUUACAUGAGGUCGGACAUUUGCCUAGUUGGUGGCCGCCCAGGUGCCACGGAUCCGACUACCUUGGCCCGCCGGCUCAAGUCGGUAUGUGGCAUAUCCGGGGCCGGCUGUUUGUUGGAGCUCGGUACCAAAACAGGGGGGGGGGCAUGAGCUCGCACUCUUAGUCCCAUAGUGUGAUACACAGUACACAGUAGCUGCAGCACGAAAACAAUUCCGAGGCGGAAGGUUAACCCCAAGGGCUGACUUGAACUGACUCUCGCACACCCAAUACGAGAGCUGCUUUGAC